GAUGAACAGGUAAACAGGUAGAGUGAGUCAGGCAGUGAUGUCUUUAAGAAAAGAAGUGUUUCUGUGAAGUAUCAACACGCAGUAAUAGAUGGAUAUCCCCGCAUGUACAGCAGCAGCAGGUUCCACAUCUCCACCCCCUGCAUACAAUGACAUCAGUAACUUUCCCCUUUAUGAGGAAAUUCCAGCUUCGCCACCACCUGAAUAUACUGUGGCCAUAGCACCACCUGCCAACAGGCAGAGAGUCAAUCUUCAAGAGGUUCGUCAAAACCCUAAUAGAAGUAGGGCAAACCCUUAUCCUGUCCUCAAUGUGCCCCCUCAUAUCGAAAUAGUCGAACGCACAGAACAAAUAUUCAUGCAGCAGAUAGUGCAGCCUGUAGCCCCUCAGGUGGUCGUGGUGCAGCCACAACAGGUGCUUGUUUUUUUGGAUGACACACCGACAGAGACUGUGUGCAAGUAUUGCCAUAGGAGCAUCAUCACUAAUGUGAAAUAUAAAUCUGGUUCUGCUGCAUGGGGCAUGUGCUUCUUAUUGACUAUAGUCGGGCUCAUUUGUGGAUUUUGCCUUAUCCCAUUCUUUGUCAGAGGGUUUAAAGAUGCCCAUCACUCCUGUCCUAACUGCCACAGGCACUUAGGAAUAUACACCCGCAAAUGACUUUAAUUCCAAACUCUCAUUAAUACUUGUAUUUGUGUGUGUGUGUGUGUGUGUGUGUGUGUGUGUGUGUGUAAUGUAAAUAAUUAUUUACAAAUAUUAUCUGAUUUGUAAUUCCACUUAUCCAUAUGAAGAAAUGACAAUAUUGUUAUGCAACAUUAUUUAUGUGUUUUGGCUAUAUAGAUCAAUCUUGUAUAUUUUUUGUAGAAACAACAAGCAAGCAAACAAACAAAUAAAUAAACUAAAAAAAAGCAUUUUUGGGGGUUAAUUCAGGAUAACUGUAAAAUUCUUAAUGGCAAAAAAAUUGUCCCAGUUCACCUGAAUUCACCUCAGUAUUACAAACACACCAUAAUUCUCAUAUAUUUAUUUACAUUAAAAUACCAGACAUUCUUGUUCAAACAGUAACAAAUAAUACUGGUACUAUUUGAAUCUUCCCAAAAUUCCACAAAAUAACAAGAACAUUGUAUUGACUACAUUGAGCACUGAAGGAAAUGACUAUGAUUGUAAACACACUAUACAAUGUAUGUCCUGAUUAUGGGCUACACAAUUAUGAUUAUAUCUUUUGCAAUAUGUAAAUAUCUGUAUCUAUCUUUACUGGUGGUUAUAUGAAUGUUAUGCAAAUAUAAACCACCCAACAGAAUAAAAAAGACUAUACUAUAAGUUUGACAUUGUUAUUGACUUGGUCCUACACAUAUUAGCAAAGUUAACAAUAUUUUUCAAUGCACACAAAAUCAUAAUAUCUGCUGUUGUGUUAGUGAACAUCUUUCAUGUUAGUUUUUCACAGGGAACAUGCAGCUCACAGAAAACCAAUACAAGAAACUGUAAUUUUUAUUUAUUUUAUUUAUUUAUUUAUUAUUUUGCUUGCUUGCUUGCUUGCGUAGAUCUUUUCAGUAUUGUCUUUUGUACAAUCUACAAAUCAUUCAUGAUACAGAGAAAAAAGGGCACAGCAAUGAAGGGGUGACUCUAUUAUAUGUAUCUCUGUUCUAUGUCUACUUUCUUUACUGGAAGCUCCUGACACCAAGAGUAAUUCCUUGUGUGUGUAAACAGACUUGACAAUAAAGCUCUUUCUGAUUCUGAUAUAUGGCAAUAUCUAUCGGAUACUUGCACAUAUAUAUAUACACAAAUUUGUUAUAAAUACAAAAAAUAAAC